AUGCCCGCUUCCACCUCAGUGCACUUGACCCCCUACUGUGGACAAAUGAAACCCAGCUGGUUUGCUGCUUCCCUGGGCCCCAAUUCUGUGUUUGGGUUUCCAGGGGUUAAAGAGACGCUGUCGCAGCUCAAGGUGACGCCGCCGAACAUCACGGUGGUGGAGAGCUGGGCCCUCAAGUCCACGUGCGAGACCCCCACUGGCACCGAGACGCUGCUGCGGGACCAUGACGACUCUGUCCUUGUGCCUGGCGGCUGCAUGGGGCUGUCCCCGGGAAACCGGGCCCUGACGGUGUUGGGGGUCAGCCAGGACGACGCUGGUAAUUACACUUGUGAGGUCAGGAACCCCGUCAGCCACAACCGCAGUCACCCUGUCACCGUUACGGUUGCGUAUGGGCUGGAUGCUGCCACUGUCGCCCCGCCAGGGCCCUUGGACCAGGCUGUAGGCUCCGGGCUGGGGCUGACAUGA